AGCCACUUGGCUCGAAUCGUGCUGAUCCGAAAACAGGAGCUCCGCUCCAAGCGCUUGUUGUCUUCACAAUGACCUACUAUUUGCUCGGCUGCGGCCACCAUAUGCGCUUCCUGAGCCUCAUCCUGGCGCGACAUGUCUUGGAAACUGGUGGCGCUCGAGAGGUCAGAAGGUUCAGCGUGGUGCAGCAGAAGGUGGAGACCGAUGUGACCUUCAUCCGGCAUGGCGAGUCGGCGGGCAACCUUGCCCAAAGGAGUAAGCUUGCAUUCCUUCGAGAGUAUAUCGGUUCGGCGCGCUACGCGUGGAAGGAUGGCCAGUUGACGCGGGAGGGAGAGGCAGACGCCGUCACGAGCGUGGAGGAGCUCAAGCCUGAGCUCUUGGCGCGCAUUACGGGGUCCCAGCUGGUUCUCGUCUCCCCCCUGCAGCGUGCUAUGGCCACUUGCAUGCUGGUGCUUGCCACGGCAUACAAAAGACAAGGCCUUGACCCUCAACAUUUGGGGCCUGGCGGGCCUGAGGGUCACACCGUCAUUGUGCGGGAAGAGUUGCGGGAGAAAGUGGGCAGCGAAUCGGACAUGCCUGGCAAGAACCCCGUGAGUCAGUGGGAGUAUUUGGGGAAAUUGGCUUCCCGCUACGGGACCGCCUUCUUCAAUGACAGCCACGCUUUGGACAACUUCGUGGUUGCCGUUAGGGGCACCUACGAGUCCCAGGAGGGCCGCACAGCGAAUUGGGGUCGAGGAUGGGACAGUGCGUCUCAGCAGGGCGGGAACGAGACGACAGAGCGGGGAACGGCACAGCAACGACGCGGCCCUGUCCCGAUCAGUCCCGAGCAGCUGCAACAGCAGCAGGAGCCAAACGACGGGGGACGCCUCCUCCAGCAGAUACAGCGGUUCCGCACAUAUCUGGCGAGAUUCCCGACAACGCCUGUCUUGAUAGUUGGACAUAACGGUUGGGCGCGCUCCACUUUCUGCGCCGGCUUGUUGGAGCCGUGCGAAGCGAAGGAGAAAGUUGGGACCAUGACGAUGUCAACAUUCGGAACACGCAUGGUUCAGCCGGUCGAUAAUCUCGGGAUGGUUUCAGCCAAGUUCAAAAAUGGGAUGUUCUUUUCGGUGCAGGUCCACAGCGAUGGCGGCGGGGCGCGAUGCACAAAGCCCAAGAUUGGUCUCAUAUCAUCGGUACGAGAAAUGAAGGCGGAGGGCCUGCUGCCACCAGACGUAUUGAUGCACCGCGUGAUGGUCAAGAAACAUCAGGAUUCAGGUGGAUUCGACAAGCGCCUCAUCACAUUUAGCUCAACGGCUAACAUCCCCCGCAUGGCAUGGGGCAGCAGGUUCGGCAAUCCGAAAAAGUUCAUCUCUUUAGCUGGCGGCACAAUGCAACAUCAAGUUGCCGCCAGGCAACCAGAUUCUGACCCAGGUGUAGACAUUUUUGGGACUACCGAGAACGGCGGUAUGCUGAUUUCCACCACGCAUGCAGGAGCCAAAGACGUUGUUCGCCCAUUCGAAUUGCGGGUUGAGAGCUGGGAGAACUAUUACCGGCUUUUGAACCUUCUGGAGCUCUACAGCAGGUAUGGAACCAACACAUCCUUCCUUUCGUCCCUUCUGUCCUCCAAAGGUUGGCACGCAACUGGUGCGAACUUCGGCUCUGGAUUUGGCGGCAUUCCAGACGAUCGACUAAUCUUGGAAGAGUUGGCACAGUGGGACGAAGAGUUCCAGUUUUGGCACCCCACGACGACGACGACGACCACUACGACAACUUUCGACUGGUGCAUUCAGAACCCCACGAUGUGCGGCCACAUCAUUAUUCACCGGUGAUGCAUGUCCUACGCACGCAUAAAAGAAGUAUGAAGAAAUCUGCCAGGGCCAUCCUGGGGCCAAGUUGUUUAGUGCUCCUGCCAGGUCGUUUCGUGCUCUGUGUGUGUGGCACAAGGCCAGGCGGCCCUUACAAAGGCCAUGCUAGAGAGCCAACAUUGUUUUGUGCGCCAGCAAUCUCAUAAAUAUGUGUGCAGCCUGUGCCACUGCAUUGUUAACCAGAAAGGUAUUCUGGAGGCAUGCGCGACAGAGUGCUCGGUCGACCUGCCUGCGGACCCAGGGUCCACGGAGUCGGCUAUCGAUGAGUUUCGGUCGGUGGGAGGGGGGGUGAUGCUGGGCGGGCAGCAGCUUCACGAGUCUCAAUGCCCUCCGCUUCUGGCCGCGGCACUCACUUUAUUUUUGUGCGACGUGCGGCCGCACGGCCACGGUCGCCCCGAGAAGUUCAAUGUCCCAAUGCGUGCCUGCCACACGUAAAGGCGCCCAGAACCUGGCCAGGAUUGGCAAGAAGAUCUUUCCGAGUUACAGAGGACCCUCAGACGUGGUGAAGGACGCACAGGCGUCAAGGGUCCGCAGGGUGUUCGCCACCUCACACACCUCCCCUGUGGGAGAGAUGGUGAGCGUUCUGCCGCACCGCGGGGAGGAGUCUGAUAGCUCGGACUGAUGCGGGUGGCCAAUCGGCAGGCUCGUAUUUUGUUUUUGUUUCACUUGUGUCUUCUUCUACACGGCCCGAUGCGACUGGCCCUUUUGGCAGGCAUCCGUGCUUCACCCCACAUCUGGGGCGAGGCCAGACGCCGUCCUGGCGCUCUCUGCUCCAGGGGCGUCGGGCCUCGUCGUCCUUGCGUGGGCGGUCGUUUUCUGAGUUUCAUGUUUCUUUAUGCUUCCUGUGUGGCCCCAGGCCACUAGUAUGCCCCCUGUGAAGGUGGCAUUUUCGUAUAUACCCCACAUAUGGGGCGAGGCUUGCGGUCGUCCUGGCGCUCUCUGCACCAGGGAUGGCGGGUCUCGUCGUCCUUGUGUGGGCGGUCGAUUUUUUUUCAAUUUAUCUCGUGUUUCGUGAGCGUCCGUCGUGCGCGUGCACUCGUGGCCGCUCGGCACGCGCGUCAGGCACCCCGCUCUGGGGGAAGGCGCAUGGCACGCUCGUCUGCGGUGAAUUCCUAGCCGAGCACGGGGGCGGUCAUUGGACGGCCCCGACUGCGGCUCGGGUCGUGGCGUCGCAGGGGCCAGGCUGCCUGGGCCUGCCCUCUCUUCGCGAGGAUCUUACACUUACAGGGCGUUUUUAUGUUAUGUGCAGACGAGGCCCCUCUGGAGGGGUUCCCGUGAUGCUGCGUUUUGUCGUGUGUCUCGGAAGCGCUCCGCCUCGUAGAGGCUCGCGCUGCGGCUGCCAGCUUUCUGCUCCCCAGCCGCACCCGCGGACGCCGACAGACUGCUGCUGCGGACCUCAAAGGAGGCAACCAGCGGCGGCAGUCUCGUACAGAAGAGGUGUUUGUUUGCGGGAGCUAGCGCCUCGUGCCCUGGUGGGCAUUCAUCCCGAGGCCCUGUCA